AUGCUGAUCUUUGUAGUGGCGCUGUCACAGAGCAGUGCCUACGAGGUGGAUAAGGCCCUGUAUGAGGAGGCGAAGCACCUCUUCGAUGAGCGCAAGGUGGAGAAGCUCCAGGACAAGACCAAUACGGUGGUACUCAAGGGGCGCACCUUCUUUCCCCUCGACGUGGUGCCCUCGUUGACCGUCGAAGAUGUCAAGAACCUCAUCCAAUACAAGACCGGCAAGCAGCUGGAGGAUGGCCGCACCCUGGCCGACUACAACAUCCAGAAGCACGCCGUCAUCGACCUUGUUCUUCGUCUGCGAGGUGGUAUGCACCUAAGAGCUCUUCUUCUCUGUGUUGUUCUGAUAUCUAACCAAGAUUGCUCCCACACCACUAGACUGAGUGAGAUGGAACCAGCCAUGCUGCAGCCCUCCCGCCACCAAACCACAUCAUGCCUGCAGCUUAUGUGCUGUCUUGCAAUGGAAGGACAGACCAGCUGCCUGGCCUGCUUGAUGACCACAAAAGAUCCAUAA